AUGGCAACAACACACCAACAAGAAGAAGUCGAGGGCGCCUCCCCCGGCGAACAACUAAUCGAAGCCUGCCGCCGCAACAACACCGACCUCCUCCAAUCCCUCAUAACAGCAGCCGGCUCCCCCACCGCCGCAGCAAGCCUUCUAAACGACACGAAAACCGUACUAGGGAACCACGCGUACCACGAAGCUGCGUUACGAGGGAAUUACGAAAUCAUCGACCUCCUCCUCGACCAAGACCUCUUCGAAUGCGACCCCCUAACCCGCCUAGACGCCGACACCCCCCUCCACUCCGCCAUCCGCUACCUGAACACGCUCCCCCUCCCCCUCUCACCCCACAACCUCGAAUACGCACUCGGCCUCAUAACCAUGAUGCUAGAAGCCGGUUCCGACCCGCGCAUCCGGAACAAAGCGCACCUGACCCCAGCCGCACUGUGCGAUCCGGGCUUGGGCAAGGUGAGGGAGGUGCUGGAGGAGGCGGUGUUCGUGCAGAUGGAGAGGGGGGGUUUCGAUGAGGAGGAGGAGGUAGACGGCGCUGGGGAGGAGGAGGAGGAGGCGGGGAGUGAUAGCGGGAGUGAUUUUGAUCGGGAGGAGUUGGAGGCGCAGAGGGGCCAGAGGAAUGGGAAUGGGAAUAGCAAGGGGUUUUGA